AUGGAAGUGACACUCCGCCGCUUCGAACUCACAGACGCGGACGGCAUGAUGGCGUGGGCGUCGGACCCCAAGGUCGCCGCCUUCUGCCGCUGGGAGCCCUACGCCUCCACGGAAUCCCUCCUCGCCUACCUCCGCGACACCGUGCUCCCGCACCCCUGGUUCCGCGCCAUCUGCCUCGCCGGCGACGGCGAAGCCCGCCCCGUGGGCGCGGUGUCCCUAGAACCCACGGCGGACGCGUGCCGAGGUGAGCUCGGGUACGUGUUGGCCCGCGCGCACUGGGGCCGGGGAGUGGCCACGGCCGCCGUGCGGCGCGCGCUCGCCGUGGUCUUCGGCGAGGUAGAGGGGCUGGUCCGCGUUGAGGCGCUCGUGGAUGUGGACAACGCGGCGUCGCACCGCGUGGUGGAGAAGGCCGGGUUCCGGCGCGAGGGCGUGCUGCGGAGGCACUACUGGCACAAGGGCCGCGCCCGGGACCUCGUCAUGUACAGCUUCGUCUCCGGCGACCCCUUACCCCAGUGA